CAAGUCCCAAUUUCCCCGUCUCCUUUCUUUCUAUUACCAUGUCUGCCCCUCUUCGAAGAGGCGGCGCUCCUCCGCUAUCUGGUCGACCUGGCCAGCCAACAGCGGCCAAGCGGAUUCCCUCGUCGCAAUCUCAGUCGCAGUCGCUGCGAUCCUCGACUUCCUCAUCGUUGCGUUCAUCAGACCUCGAGCCAUCGUCAGCAGGGCCGAGCUCACCAAAGAGAGGCCCGAGUGCAAUGAGAGCUCCGUCGACAGCAUCUCGCAGACCAACAGCGACCAAUGGUGCCUCUGCCGCAGGAGAUGACGAGUCUAACAUCAAGGUAGCGGUCAGGGUGCGCGGCCAAGCACCGGGCGAGCCAGCCCCAACAGCCGCUAUCCUCAACACUUCAGGCCCACGAUGCUCGCAAAUUCACGUUCAGCUCGAGCCUCCUCCAGUCUCCUCCUUGUCCAGCAUACCCUCCUCCUCCCUCGUCACGCCGGCAGACGCACCGCGCGAAAAGACGUACAACUUUGACAACGUCUUUGGCCCCGAAGCCGAUCAGGGAAUGAUUUACCAGACGGUAGUGACGCCGGUUCUGCAGGAGGUCAUGAGCGGAUAUAACUGCACCAUCUUCGCAUACGGGCAAACAGGGACUGGCAAGACACACACAAUGGAGGGAGACCUGACCUCGCAAGUGGGCACCUACUCGUCCGAAGCUGGAAUCAUCCCGCGGACACUCUAUCGCCUCUUUCAUCAGCUGGAGUUGAGCUAUGCGGAAUACUCUGUCCACGCUUCGUUCGUCGAGCUUUACAACGAAGAGCUGCGCGACCUUCUCUCGCCAGACCUGCCCGCUCCUCUGACCUCGGGAGGCCUCAAGAUGUUCGACGACAAGAGUCGUGGCGUCGUCAUCCAAGGGCUUGAAGACACUCCUAUGCGCGAUGCGGCUCACGGUCUCGACCUGCUUCGUCGUGGUAGCCAGAAGCGUCAAAUUGCCGCCACGCGCUGCAAUGAGAGCUCCUCGCGCUCCCACUCCGUCUUCACCCUCACAGUCCAUACGAAGGAGACCACCUCCAAAGGUGAAGACGUGCUGCGUGUCGGCAAGCUCAACCUCGUCGACCUGGCCGGAUCGGAGAACAUUGGCCGAUCAGGCGCAGAGAACAAGCGCGCUCGAGAGGCAGGGAUGAUCAACCAGUCCCUCCUCACGCUGGGCCGUGUCAUCAACGCCCUGGUAGAGAAGAGCACCCACAUCCCCUAUCGCGAGUCGAAGCUCACGCGUCUCCUGCAAGAGUCAUUGGGCGGCCGCACAAAGACGUGCAUCAUCGCAACCGUCUCGCAAGAGAAGGCCAACCUAGAGGAGACACUCUCCACCCUCGACUACGCCCUUCGCGCCAAGUCCAUCCGCAACAGGCCAGAAAUGAAUAGUCGCAUGACCCGCGCUGGAUUGAUUAUGGAGUACGUCAAAGAGAUUGAGCGUCUCAAGCGCGAUGUACUCGCCGCUCGAAGCAAAGAGGGCUUCUUCCUCAGCAAUGAGAGCUGGAAGGAGGUCCAAGACGAGAGCGACGCGCGCAAGAAUGCUGCCGAUGAGCUGCGCAGGCUGGUCGAGGUGGCAGAGAGUAAGCGUGCGAGCUUGCAAGAGCAAUUUGAGCAGAACAUGCAAUUGCUGGUGAAGCGCGAGGGCGAGUACAAGAGUGUCAAGAGCGAAUGUGCGGCCAAGAAGCUGGAGCUCGAUGGGGUUAUCGAGCAGGCGAGGAGCUUGGAGGAAGCGCUCAAGGAAGAGGUGGAGCUGCGCGAGGCGUAUAGGAAUAGCGAGCGUAAGCUCAACAGGAUCGCGGCGGGGCUGAGGGAGCAGGCAAAGGAGGAUGAGAGUGACUUGGGCGGACUGUGGGCUAAGCUGGAGAGGAAGGCCGCGGUUGAGGCUACGAAUGAGAGGGUCGUGGGAGAGUAUCGGCGCGGGGUGGAAGAUAUUACGGCUCAGCUUGAGGGCAAGGCGAGAGACUUUGAGGCGUCGCAUCAGGACUUUGCCUCUACGCUCGGCGCAAGCAUCGAGGCGUUCAGCCAGCGCGAGGCGUCAAGCCUCGAGACCUGCCGUCAGGUGAUGGCAGACCGUCUCGCAGCAUUACAAAAGCAGGCCACCAAGCUCGGCCGCGAGCACGACGCUGGACACGCCAACGUCUCCACCCUCGUCACCGCCAUCGAGGAGGCCCGCACGUCCCUCGAGGCAAGCCUUCAGUCUCAGUCUAGCUCCCUGGCCGAGGAGUGGAAGACCUUCGAGGCCUCAAUGUCCGACACUCUCGCAAGCUCUUCCGUCAAUACGCGCAAAGCCUUGCACAGCAUGGCUGAGCUGAUCAGCCAGAUGGGCAAGCAGACGCAGCAGCACGUCGCCGAGCAAGGUCAGCAGCUGGAAGAGCUGCGCGGCGAGGUAGAGCAGGCGGCGCAGCGUGAGGUCGAAGGGCUGAAGGAGCAAAAUGCCGCUCUCGUCGCCAUGCUCGAGGAAGAGAGGAGCAGGGCGGCCGUAUCUCGCGAGGCGCUAGCCAAGAGCAUCGGCGAGCUUCUCCUCGCCCAUACUGAGGAGCGUGAUCGCAGUCUCUCUACAGCGGUGGACUCGCUCCGCACCAAGAGCGCUGCCGCAGAGGACUCCGUCGCUACGUCCGCCCAAUCACAUGACGCCAGGCUCGCUUCGCUGGGCAAGCGAUCAGCCGACCACGCCAGCGCGAUCGAGGAGCGUGAGAAGCAGGCACGCAAGUAUCGCAAGCGCGGCGAGGCGGCGCUCGAAAGCGGCGAUGAGGCGGUCAAGACUAGCCUGGCGAGCUGGAGCCAGAGGGUCGAGGCGUGCACGCAGGGUACGGGCAGCGCGAUGGAGGAGCAUGAGAAGGCGACGCGCCAGGCUCAGAAGGAAGCUGAGGAGCGUGCAAGCAAGUGCAAGGAGGAGCAGGCCAGGCGUCUGGGACAGAUCGUCGACGGGGUUCAACAAUCCCACUCCACCGCCUCCGAGCAGCUCAGCAGCACCCUAUCCGCGUUGUCCACCCACCAAGCCGAUGCCACAACUCUGCUCGGUGCCCACUCCACCGGCGCAAGCAGCUACCUCUCUCAAGCCUCCUCCGCCCUCACCUCUCUCCGCUCGCAAGCCCAAAGCUACCUCACAGACUACUUUGCCCGUGACGUGCCCACCGGCUCGACCCCUCAAAAGCGGGAUCCCGCGCAUGCUCAAGAGCCCCCGCAGUGGCGACUCGUGCCUGGAGUCAGGCAGAGAGCACUGGAGCAGUACAGACAUUUGGUUGCGAAGAAGCAGCAAGCGCAGGCGGGAGCGCCCAGGCCCUCGGGGGCGAGUGAUGCAACGAAUGGUACGCUGCCCGAUGAUACGAGGGAGACGGUCGAUAUUGAUGGGCUGCGCCAUGAGGAUGGAGAGGACGUGGAUGCGGAUGAGGCCCUUGAGGAGGAGCUGGAGGAAGAGGAGGAGGACGAGGUUGAAGACAGCCUUACAGAUAUUACCGCCGUCGCUGCUACUGGGGCGGGCCGGGACAGUAGCACGGGCGAGUCGUCCGAUGAAACGGUGAAGCUUGGUGCGUCUACGAGGCGGCGUACCGCUGUCCAACCGGCACAACGUCGCACUGCUUCAGGACGAGCGGCGUUGAGCGAAAAGAAUGUGGAUCCUAAUGUCGUCGAGCUGGUGGCCGCAGGGGACGCAGCGGGCAAAGCGGCAAAGGGGAAAGCAGUCCCGUUGGCAUCGAGAAGGACUACCAGGGCGACUUGAGCGGCGUGGCAGGUUGAGCUUGGGUUGUACCAUCCAUCACGGACAUCAUCAUCGUUUGCCUCUCUAUCAUGUCCUGCACGUCGCAUGCACGCAUAAUUAGGGGAGCACUCCGUCCCCUUCUACUACUUCUUCGCCUUUGGAAUCAUACCCAUCUUUGUGCCAU